UUGACGUUGAAUGUACUUCAUAUUUACGCACUUCGUCUGGCGAAAAAUAACUCAUUCGGAAAAAUUACAAAAAAGGACGCUUUGUGUAUUUUACUGUGCAUAUUUACACUCUAGUCUUGAGUUUAGAUUAACGAAAGUAAUUUUAUUGCUUGAACUUGGUAAAAUAUCGCGUGUGAUUCAUAAAAAUCAGGUCCGUUUAGGUUGAAGUGAUGGGUCAGACCCUGUCAGAACCUGUGACAGAGAAGCAGUCGUCGACAUGUCAGGACUCGAGGUUCCUCGUCGGCUCGUCCUGCAUGCAAGGCUGGAGGGUGUCAAUGGAUGACUCCCAUACCCAGAUCCUGUCGCUGCCCGAUGACCCUGGCACGGCAUUCUUUGCUGUUUACGAUGGACAUGGUGGAGCAAACAUAGCAGAAUACGCCGGGAAGCAUUUACACAAGUUUAUUACGGCCAGACCAGAAUACCAUCUUGGAAACAUUGAGGAGGCAAUGAAACAGGGUUUCCUCGACCUGGACCAGGCUAUGCUGGAGGAGGACAUGCUGCAGGAGAAGGUGGCCGGCAGCACAGCUGUUGCCAUCCUCAUCAAAGACAACACCCUGUAUUGUGCCAACGCGGGGGAUUCCCGGGCCAUCGCCAGUGUGAGGGGAACUGUCGAAUCCCUCUCAUACGACCACAAGCCCAACAACGAGGAGGAGCUUCGCCGCAUCACGGCUGGCGGCGGCUGGGUGCAGCUGAACCGCGUGAACGGCAACCUGGCUCUGUCCAGGGCGCUGGGUGACUACGUGUUCAAGAGGAACUACCGGCUGUCACCGCAGGAGCAGAUCGUCACUGCUUACCCGGACGUGCAAGUGAGACAACUGAAUGACGAGUGGGAGUUCAUCGUGAUCGCUUGCGACGGCAUCUGGGAGGUUCUCUCAAACGAGGAAGUGAUAUCAUUCUGCCGCGUCCGCCUGCUCAGCGGCUGGGAGCCCCACGCCGUGUGCGAAGCCCUAAUGCAGCGCUGUCUCGCCCCCAACUGCGCCACCGGAGGCCUGGGCUGCGACAACAUGACCGUGCUGCUCAUUUGCUUAGCACCUUUCCCGCGUAGCAUAGCUCCGGAUUCUCCAGUACCCGUGGAAGACGAGUUAGACGGUAAAUUCAUGACGAAAAUGGACGAUCUCUUAUACGUAGAAGACGAAGAGGACGACCUGAAAUGAAGACUAAUCGGUUUGUUUGUAAAUAGUUAGGUUACCUCACUAAAAUUAUUUAAUGUUGACUAACGUUUAAAAAAGUAGGUAUUUAAACAAGGUUUCUUGUAAAACAUCAAGAAGUUCGCAAGUCGGAAGUAGCUAACAUCAUCAACAACAACAUGAGUUUUAAUAAUUUAUAUUACUGUCAUUGCAUCGUGCCGCCAUUUUGAAGCGCGCGGGUCGUGACCUGCCUCAGACUGACGCGUCUGGAACGCGUGGGACAUAGAUUUUAAAAAAUAUACACUUUGUCAUUACAAUUUAUGAGUAAGUUAGUGACAAAACUCGUAAAACAUACUUAUUAAUUUUGUUUUCGUUUGUUGUUUAUGUUGCUGGCCAUAUAGCCCUGUGUUGAUGACUUACAAGUAACCCAGUUUACACAGAGCACACGCGCAUUUAACUCGAAGUAGAUAAACGCGAAAGAUUACAAACUAAAGUGUGAUUUAUAUUUGACUGUUUUGUAUAAUAAAUAAUAAAAAAAAAACAACUGAAAAAAGAAAGCGAUUGAAAAUGGAGAAAAGUAAAAGUUUUGAAUAGUUAAAUAAACAGAAUUAUGUACAGAUUAUUACAAUUCAAAUUAGAUAUUUGACAUAAACGGUCUGUACAAAUAAAUAACUGCUCCACAAUGAAAUAAAAAUGUUCUUCAUUUAAUGAACACCUUUUAAGUAACUUUUAAAAAAUAUAUAAAGCAGUUGUGUACAUUAUUAAAAAAAAAUAGUAGUUGGAUCAUAUUUUUUUUGUAAGUGACGUGUUUAGACUAAUUGUUGUCAAUUAAAAUAAUUCUAAAAUUUAAGAUAAGUAAGUGUAAAACAAUAGAUUUACCUACGUAAAGUUUAGGCCCUAUACAAUAUGUAACAAAAAGGCUAUGUAGGUGGAAACAAAAUAAAAAAAACUUCCUUAUUUGAUCGUAGCUUAAAUAUUUCUCUCUCUUUAUUAUACGGGAAGAAAAUAUAGAAUGUAGUCAGUCAUUCUUCGUUGUUUGAAUUGAUUGAAAAAUACCUUUUUGGUACAACCUGGUUUUUUACAUACAUUUUAGAUUCCGUUGAUUUUAGCUGAAAUGGUUAAAAAAAAAUUGAGAAUUAAUUUUACAAUGUUUGAAGUAGGUUGGCGUGUAUUUUCGCUUUAAUUAAGCAGCUUUCACUACGUUAACAAAUAAUUGUUUUAAAUCUAAAUGUCUUGCUUUUUUUAAGUAUUCUAAAGUAGUUAAGGGAUAAAAAUUUUCCCCUUUACCGGAUUUAGGCAGAGACUACAUUUAUCCUCUACCAGAUCUCUGCAUACUUCUUUGCUUUAUUGAUAUUGAUCGAUUUUUUCAUGCAAAGUCGUUGGUUAAGGGUACUCCAUAGCGGUUAUAUAUUCUUUGGGGAACUCUUGACCUGAACGUCCUUGAUCAAGGUACGUUCGUCUGACCGCUUUUCCUUUCAACGUUCCAAUUUAUUUAUAUUUUAAUUAAUAUUGCAAUUAAUUAAUUAUUAUUUCUUUGAAUUAACCUUAACGCGUAGAUUUGUUUACGUUUUUGGUAGGUACAUACCUAAUUUGAUGGUAUUAAAUAAUGUUACCAUUACUUCAUAGAUAUAUUUAUUACAAUAUUGAUGUUUUGACAAAAAUGGACAUAAAACAUGUUCCGUCUUAGGUAUACUUUUCAUUAGUAUAUUAUUGUUGUUAGGAUCCGUCCAUUUUUUUUGUCAAGAAUUCCACAAGCAUAUAUUUUCUUAUCGACAAUAUAAAGACCACCAAAAAGACAUUAUGGUCCUAAACGAGGGUACAUUGUUCGCUUAGAAACUAUGGAAUAACUGAACCUACAUUUUUGUUACACCUAUUUGAGUAUUACCGUAUUAUUUGUAAGUGUCCUUAUUUUUUUGCGAUUAAACUUUCAGAAAUCGCUAUAUUAGGUACCUAAAUUUUAAUUCUUUUGACGUUUUAGUUAUAUGUGAAUUGUGUGAAAAUGUUAGCUGUAAAAGUUAUCAAAAUUUUUGUAAAAAGAACAUUAAAAUUUUGAACUAAAAAUGGAUAUGCAAGUAAUUAUUAUAUUUUUUUUAUCAAUGUGACAUUAAUAUUGAAUAAAAAAUAUAAAUUUUAUUACGAUAAGUAGGUAAAUUAUAACAUUUAAAAAUAUAACUUUUCGCAUUUAAGUAAACUGGUUAUUACAAUAACACACUAUCACAACGAUAUACUAGUGCAACUUGUUUUAAGCCAAUCACGUUUGAGAUUUGAUAGUACACGUGUGUUACAUUAAGAAUUGAUACGUAUGUGUAAAGAAUUUGACCAAUCCUAAUUUGUUUGAAUUGUAUAAUAAUUCCACUCGCACUUAUGCCCAGGUUAUUGUGACUUUUAUUUUAAAAUCGACUACCUACUAAACAAUGUAAUUUUGUAAAUAACAAUUCAGUUUUGAAAAUUUCAAAUUACAAUUCAUAGCUUUAGCUUAAUUUUUGUUUGUGUUACAUGCAGACAAAUCGGAAUAAUAUAAAUAUGACAAUUGAAAUCCCAUUUUUUUAUUUGAAAUUUCUAAAAUGACGUGUCACCGUGUGGCAGCACUGGCAGCGCGCGCAAAUUUCUUAGCCGUCAUUAUGUUGUCAAAUUAUAUGAAACGUCAUGGUGACGGAUGGUCCACCUCCAGAUUUCGGCGAAAAAUUUACCAGUAUUUACGAAUGGUCUUAUAUUUUUCCGAAUUAUAGAUAUGUUUGCAUGAGUGUUUUCUAAAAUGUUGUAAAAUAAUUUAUCCAAACUAGGUAAUCCUGACACCAACCCUUCUUGGGAUUUUGUAAAAUAACUUGUAACUAGAAUAAAUAUAAUUGCUUGGGCAUAUAUUGUUUCCGCUUGUUUUGAUGUAGAUAUUGUGAGUUACAUAUCUGUAAAUGCACUAGUCAUGUUAGAGUGUGUACAGUACCUUAUGUUGAAUAGCGACGAUGUUGUAAUAAAAUUUUACAUUUUU